AUGGUGCUUCUCUUCCAGCGAAAGGACUCGGUGUUGGGCGAGGAGUCGAAGCGGUUUAUCAACUCGCUUCCAUCCACGUUCAUCAACUUGUUCCGCAAGCGACGACAACUGCUGCCAGUGUGGAGCUCGCACAAGUACUGCGCCAUGAUCAAGUCGACGUUCCUGGUGUACUAUCGAGCCACCAAGCCGGACGAUGCGGGGGUGCCUGGCUUCUGGCAACAGAACGCACUCAAGUAUCUGAAUCUGCAGCACUGCAAGAUCAAGCUCAUCGACGACGACUCGGCCGGCUACGUGUUCUGCAUCACGCCCGAGUCUGGCAAGGGAGCGAUCUACUUCGCUGCAGACACAGAGAAAGAUCGUGCCAAGUUUGCAGCUCAAGCCGCAGCAGUGCAGCACCGCAUGCCAUCAUUGAACGAGUUCACAACACUCAAGUUGCUAGGACGAGGUCACUAUGGACGUGUGAUCCUGGCGUUGAAUAACGUAGAGCGACAACUGUAUGCUAUCAAGGAGAUGAAGCUCGGUCAAGUGAAGGCGAAGGUGGUGUUCGCUGAACGAGCGACUAUGGAGUGGGUCGGAGAUCACCCGUUCGUGAUGGGAUUGGACUAUGCGUUGGCACGGGGUCGCUCCGUGUUCCUCAUUUCCAAGUUCAUGCAGGGCGGCGAUCUCUUCUUACACAUGCAAAACAAUGGAGGCAGCUUCCGUGAAGACGCUGUUCGCUUCUACGCUGCGGAGUUGUUGCUGGCACUCGAGCACAUGCACAACAUGAGCAUCCUGCACCGCGAUAUCAAGCCUGAGAACGUGUUGCUGGACAGGGAAGGGCACAUCAAGUUGGCAGAUAUGGGUCUUGCCAAGAGACUGGAGUCACGAGCUGGACGCACCAAGACCAUGUGCGGUACCGACACGUACUUGCCGCCUGAGAUGGUGGCUCGAUACCCUGAUGGUCACGGUCUUCCGGUCGACUUGUGGCAGUUCGGCUGCAUCCUCUUCGAGCUGCGUGCUGGCUACCCGCCGUUCUACCUACCUCAAUCCAGUCAGAAGAGCACACAUCAACGGAUCUUGUACCAACCUGUGCGCUACCCAAACAACAUGUCCUCUGAGCUCAAGAGUUUGCUGGUGGCUCUGCUUGAAAAGCGUCAAGAAGACCGACUAGGCUUCCGUGGAGGCAUCGCAGAGAUCAAGAACCACGCAUUCUUCAAGGGUAUCGACUGGGAUCAAGUGCUGAAGCGCCAACUCAAGCCUCCUCUUGUGCCUGGACAACCUGGUGAAGACUUCGUGGCCAACUUCGACCCGCACUUCACCGAGCAGCCUCACACAAUCUACGCACCCGAAGAGAUCGCGAGUUGUUUUGAACGGGACUUCGCUGGAUUCGACUACGUGCGACCACUGCAUGCUGGAGCGAACAACGCCCCGUGUGUAUCGAUGAUGUCUACUGCCAAGAUGAACGUGUCGCCAACUUCGUCGAGUCGCGCCAGCACUAGUAAGGACAUGAGUGAGUGCAUCGAGUCGAGCUUUGGGGGGUUCGGCGAGCAGCAGAAUGAGGACGAUAAGCCUGAGGUGGAAUUGGAGGCGGAGCUGGAUGUCGACUCUGUUCGGAUCAAGAUUUAA